AUGAGUCUUUUGAGGAAACCAUACUCUUACUCAAGGGUGGAAAAGGAGGACCCAGAAGAGGUGAAGCACAGGCAAGCCCAGUUCUUGAUCUACAAAGUGAUGGAGCAAGCAGAUUUCAGCAGCAGCAGUAGAAGAAGAAGAAGAAGAGCAGCCUUUUCAUGCUUGAGAGUUGGAAUAUGCAAGCUGAAGAUGAUCAGGAUUGGGAGGAGACUGAGGAUGAGGCUGAGGAAGGGCAUGUCUUCAACCAUAUCUGCAGCUAGAGCUUGGAAGCGCUUUUUCCAUGGUGGACAAGCCAUUAUCAGCCUUCCUCCUGCAUUCAAACGUUGA